AUCUCCUAAUAUCUUGACUUGCUAUCCAAUUCCUUGCCUUGCACUCCAAGAAAUUCUAGAAGACAAGUCUUGCGCCCCAACUACUUCGGCCGCCUCAUCGCACGCCGCGUUCCCGCGCACGCGCGCGCCGUCGUGCGCCUCUCUCGCGCCGCCUUCCUCCUGCGCGUGUCCGCCCGCGCCCGUCAUGCCUACGCUUGUUAGGAUUGGGCUGUCCGUGCUUGCCCCGUACUCGCGCGCUGUCGCGCGCUCAUCGCUACUACCGCCCAGCUGUCGCGCGUCCUCGCCACCUGCGCGAGUCCCGCGCACGCCUCUUCUGCACGUGCCGCUCGCGCUGCCCGCUUCGCCUAUGUUUACACGGAUUAGGCCUUGCGCGCCUGUCGCGCACUCGCGCGUGAUGACGGAUCGAUCUUUUUCCCGAUGCGCGCUCUUUGCUUGUGUUCGCUUCCAUUGGUCCUGUGCAAUAACCCGCCUGCAUCCACCAUCCGUCCUCAACUCCUCGUACACCGCACCUCCUACCUUCCGAGCGCCAUGCGCGUCUACGCCAAUGCGCGUGUGCGCGCCCUUCUUGAAUGUGCAUUUUCUUGCGUGCUUGUACGCCUCGCAUACGAGCUCGUACCCGCCUCUUAGGCCAUGCAUGCGUCGUUUUGGCCCUAUUUUCAGCCUCCUCGGUUCGUCUCGGCCCUUGGCCCUUUUUGUCGCAGGGGUCCGGAACCCACUUCUGUAUCAUUCCCCUCCUCUUCGAGACUUUUCUUGUCCUCAAGGAAUAAUCCUCGACUGUCCAAACAUUGGGCACAUCUUCUUCGAUCACGUGCACAUCCCACUCACGGUCCUCGUCGAUCUGUACCAACACCUCGCUAUCGUCAACAACCACCUCUUCAUCUGUACCAUAUCGCGCGUUC